AUGACACUUUCCCUCGACAAGGCAUUUGGCUCCGGAUUCAAAUCCAAGAACAAAUAUCUCUUUGGAAAUAUCGAUAUGCAGCUAAAGUUUGUCCCUGGCAACUCUGCUGGGACUGUUACAGCAUACUAUCUAACAUCACAAGGACCAACAUUGGAUGAGAUCGACUUUGAAUUCCUAGGCAACCUUAGCGGAGAUCCUUACAUUCUCCACACCUAUGUGUUCACACAAGGAAAGGGAAACAGAGAGCAAUAGUUCUACCUAUGGUUCGACCUAACUACCGACUUCCGCACAUACUCCAUCCUCUGGAAUCCUCAACACAUCAUGUAAGCCAUCUUAUUUUCUUAAUCCAUACACACAUUACUGAAGAAAGGCCCAUUUCCAAUUCACCCAUAGCAAAGUUUUACUAUAGUUGUUUGACACUGAACCAAUCCAUUAUUCAAUGGUGUGUGUAUUAUUCCAACAUUGGCUUGGGGGCCUUACUUUUCAGAUUCUCUGUGGAUGGAACCCCCAUCAAAAAAUUCAAGAACAUGGAGUCCAACUGUGUUGCAUACCCAAAGAACCAACCGAUGAGGAUCUAAUCGAGCCUCUAGAAUGUCAAUGACUGGGCCACCCACGGCGGGCUUGUUAAGACGGAUUGGUCACAAGCGCCCUUCACUGCUUCCUAUAGAAAUUUCAACACCAAUGCAUGUGUCUGGUCAUCAGGCAGAUCUUCAUGUGAUUCAAAGGCUUAGUCUACCAACAACGGAUGGCUGAACCAAGAGCUAGAUUCGAUAGGUGAAGAGAGGUUGAGAUGGGUGCAGAAGAAUUACAUGAUCUAUAACCACUGCAGCGAUUCAAAGCGGUUUCCACAAGGCUUUCUUUUGAACAUUUCUUUGUA